AUGAGAAAAAACAGAUUUGGGACCUGGUUGUCCAAGUGGGUGAUGAAUGUUCCGAGGGACCUUGGACUAGCCAAAAAGAGAGAAAGGAAGGAUCGUUCCCACUACAUAGAACAAGCCUCCCUAAUAGCAGCAGCCAUCACAUCUGCUAUCAGCAGAUUUCUGGGUGGCCAAGAUUCUGGAAGCUGCAGUAAACUGGGACACUGGAGUGGGGGAUGCUCCUCAAAGGUGAGGCCACCUCCCCUAACUCCUUGUCCCCAGUGCAGCCUCCAAGAGGUUGGCAGAGCAAAAACCCAGGUUCCUGCAGUCCAAUCUCCUGUGGACUCUGAAUUCCGUGGGCCAGGGACUGGCCAGCCCCCUGUUACUGAAAUUUCUAUGGCCAAGCUCAGGGUCAUGCUCGAUUUCCAGCAGAGACUGCAGCUAUUCUCCCCAAACACUGGACCCCUUGACCAGUCCUCAAGCCAAGUUUCAAAAGAAGCAGCUGAAGAUUCUGAGGCUUUGGUUGGAGGCGCUGCCUGCUUGAGGCUGGUCCUGCUCUGUGCUGUGCUCCUCGUUCAGCCUGAACAACAGCAAGGUUAUGCUCAAGAUUCUGCAAUUGAGGCUUCAUCAAAAGUGAACCAAGAAUUACCAGAAGAGCAGGCUGGUUUCCAAAGAGAUGAAGGAACUACAGACCAAAUUGCCAAUUUCAACCCCAUGACCCAGCAGGGUUUCUCCUCUGUUGCUGAAGCCCCCUUUUCCCAUUGUAUACUGUGGGUGCAACUGAGCUGCCAGAGCUGCGUGGACUCCGUGCAGACAUCCCUACGUGGCGUGACAGGUAUCCAGGACAUGGAGGUGCACCUGGAAAAUCAGAGCGUCCUCGUGACCACCACCUUGCCCAGCCAGGAAGUGCAGGGUCUUCUGGAGAGCACAGGGUGCCAGGCGGUGCUCAAGGGAAUGGGCAGCAACAUGCAUCAAAACCUGGGAGCAGCAGUGGCCAUGAUUGGGCUGCCUGGGUCCGUGCAGGGAGUCAUGCGCUUCUUGCAAGUGUCCCCCAAACACUGCCUCAUCGAGGGUACCAUCGAUGGCCUGGAGCCUGGGCUGCAUGGCCUCCACGUCCAUGAGUAUGGGGACUUGACCCAGAACUGUGCCAGCUGUGGAGACCACUUCAACCCUGAUGGAAUGCCCCAUGGCGGCCCCAAGGACACCCACCGGCACCUGGGAGAUCUGGGGAACGUCUAUGCUAAUGUCGACGGGAGAGCAUCCUUCAGGAUAGAGGAUGAACAACUCAAGGUGUGGGACAUCAUUGGUCGCAGCCUGGUCAUUGAUGCAGGUGAAGAUGACCUGGGUCAAGGAGGACACCCGCUUUCCAAGGUCACUGGAAACUCUGGAGAGAGGCUAGCCUGCGGCAUCAUUGCCCGCUCUGCCGGCCUCUUCCAGAACCCCAAGCAGAUCUGCUCCUGCGAUGGCCUCACCAUCUGGGAAGAGCGGGGACGGCCCCUCGCUGGUGAGGGGCGGAAGAAGCCUGCACAAACCCCUGCUCACCUUUGA